CUUUGUACAACACUUUUUUUCCCCCUAGGUUUCAUUGCUCAUGGAGAAAUCUGCAGGUCAAGACUUUGUACCUUUUUUUAUUUUCUUUUCUCUUUCUUUCUCUUUUCGUCCUCUAUUCUCUUCCCUUGUUCUUGGCUCUAGCCGCGGCAACAAGACCAUUGAGCUCACUGUAACCGUUUCUUUGACCACACCUCCUCCACUCGGCUGCGCAUCGUCAGAAGGCUGAGGGCGUGCUUUUCAUUCUUGUUCUUGCUGCUGCGUGAACAUCUCUUUUCUUUCCCCUUACAUUUUUUUUUGUUGUUUGCUUUCCUUUCUUUCACCCUCCCCGUCCAUCCAACUUUUUCACUCCCUCCUCCUCUUGCAGUUGAGCCUCCCUUCUUUCCAUCUCUACAUUGACACCCCCCUCUGCCUUACCACACCGCACCCUCUCUUCCACCCUAUCAUCAUCACUUGCUUGCCUGGGUAGCUCUACGGCAAGCAACUUCUACAGGGGGCUGUGUACGGAUUACUACCUCACGUCUACUUCUGGUGACGCUCAUCAUGUCAAGUCUUAAAUUCAUUAUGGAUGUGGACGUGGACCACGAAGAUCCGCAUCGCGAUAAAAAGGCUGCGGGAUCCUUCGCCACCACCUCCGGGACCCGUGUUCCUGAUCCUUCGGCAUAUCAAAGACAAGCCUCCCCAUCAGGACAAGGCACCCUCGGCACCACAAGUUCACCACUGAUACCGGUAACAAGAUCAAUAUUAUCAGCAGCAACGACAGCUACCACUAGAUCCUACACGACUCCGACUGCGAUAUCAGCCAUCAUAGAAGGGCCACCACCAUCUCAGCCAGGGCCCACGGAAGCGAACUCGUUGUCCGCAAGGCCUGCGGCCCUGCGCCGCCACAGCACCACAAGCGCCAGCACGAUGGACCAGCAUGGCUACUCCCCGUUGUCACCCAUGAGGAUGGGACCGAGAGGGGGACCGGGGCGCGCCGCCAGUCUAGGCGGCUUUGUUGACAGCUCUGGUCAGGCGUCGAGCGUUCCGAACCGACCACUGCAGCCACAAACGCACUUGGAAUCGCCCAUCAGAUUGACCCCCAUUACCGGGCGCAUCAGCCGCGCCAGGAAGGGUCAACCUGUUCACGUGUGUGAUAUUUGCAGGCCGGCAAAGACCUUUACAAGAGCCGAGCACCUAAGACGCCAUCAGCUCGGUCAUGGAACCCCGCAGUUCCCCUGCUUGGUUCCAGGGUGUGACCGCGCAUUUCAUCGGGCAGACCUGCUUGCACGACAUCAGCAGAAACACCAGGAAGGUGAUUCGGCACCGGCACCAUCCCGCCCAAGCAGGGACCAGUCGCCAUCUGGAGGACCUGGUAGACGAGCAAUGACAUAUCCUGCAAACACUUCAAAUGUGACUCUGCGUCAGGGGCCUUCCUCUGGGGCCUCCCAAACCACACCAGGAUCAGGCUCGGGACCAGGAGCACCCACGGGGGCAGCACCCAAUGACACGCCUUCAACACCAAACAUCAAUCACAACAGGCUACAUCACACCUUUGACAGCAGUCCGGCUGGCAACCCGAGCUCUCAGGUUUCGCCGUUUGACGUUUCCAAGCGCUUCAGCAUUGACGCAGGACCGCGACGUAUUUCCCAGGAUUUCAACUCGGCCUAUACCCUGUCACCUUCGGCUCAAGACAACCCUACGAUACGCUACUGUCCAGUUCCCACCACUUAUGAGGCUGUGCCGACGCAGAUCUCUUUCAAUCCUGUGAACUAUCAGGCGCCUCGCGAAGUACGGCAGCUUUGUGUGGUCACAGAGGGCCUGUCGGGCUCAUCUCUCCAUGUUCCUGAUGCCGGGAUACCUGAUCUCUCCUUGUCUCCGAUGUAUCAGUCUUCGACCGAUGGUAGCACAUACUCUACUCCAUCGGACCCUCGAGCUAUGAAUGCUCCUUGGGCAGUACCAAGACAGAGCUCCCCUCAAAUGUACCCUGCGCUCAGUGUCGAAACAACAUCUUCUGGCCCCUGGACAACUCCCUUCGUCUACAGCCAAGGGCAAAAUUCGCCCAGCUCCAUUGUGAGCCCACCCAUGUUUUCGGCUUAUUCAGAAUUUGGUCAUCCGUAUAACGGCGGCUUUCUAGAUGAGUCGAUUGGCCCUUACCCGGCCAUGGACCAAGCUGACCACUUCCAAUUGGCAAUCGAUGAAAACUCCACACCGGCGUCCAGUUUUUCUCGUGGUAACGAGAACCAAGGCGAUUCGCUGCCUUCUGGUGUUGAAAUGCGCAACAGAUCGCUCUUGGGCGGUCUUGUCGCCCCGGUUCCGGUCCUGCCUGCGGAUCAUGUCGGAAUGAACUCGAGCCUCGCUCGUCAAAAGCCAAUGAUGACGGUUGCUCCUAGUCCAAGCAUUACCACGAGUUCGGGUGGUGGCUUUUCAUCGUCCCACGGAGCGAGCUUUGGGUUUGGGAGCGGAGACGACAACGGUGCCGGGCCACAUGGGUUUGCCAACUCUCGGAUCCGAAGUGGCUGUGCCAGCGCCCCCAUCUCUUUGACCAGCUCUCUCCCGCGACAUAUACACAAUGUCAUGCCGACAUACGAAGAUGUUUACUGGGACAGCCUUGACCCGGAGUACCCAUUUGUUCAUCGGCGCAUGUCAGAUGAGGCUGACGACGACGUUUUGAGAUCGGCCAUGGCGGCGGUCGGAGCCCAGUGCCUGGAUGGACUGGAGCAUCGUGUAAGGAGUAGCAUUCUCCACAAGCACGCUUGGGAGGAAGUGAGGAGGAUACCAAAGUGGAACCUCCAGACAAUGCAGGCGAUACUCUUGUGUGAGUACCUCGCUCGUUUCAGGGGCAAUCGCCUUGUCCAUCAACCCUCGAAACCGUUCGAGAAUCUGUAUUCGAGGGCAAUCAACCAGGUCCACUCUCUUUUCGAUGCUGCUCUCACGGCCCAGAGCAACCCGCACCUUUCAGCGCAAAACCGCUGGCGCAACUGGUUGGCCAAGGAAUCCUAUAGACGACUCGCCAGCUCCUGCUUCGUUCUCGACAUCCACGCCUCUCUCUAUCACCAGACCGCGCGCACCCGAGACUUUAACAUGUUGGAGCCAGGCACCGCCCCGCCUCUCACCUUUACCGGUCCCAGCCAGGCCCUUUGGGAUGCCAGCUCCGCCGAGGAGUGGGAUGCAAUCCUCAACGCCAAUCCAGCAGCCGGAACACCCAUUCCGAUGCCUCCCUCGGAGACCGUUGCCGCCACGCUACCCGAGGAUGGGAGUAGUAUGUCGGCAAGGAGCGGACCACAGAGGUCGUUUGACCAGUUUCUUAUCCUGGCAACCGAGACUCUACGCCUUCCCAAACGGGUCUUGGGCGGCGGGAUACCGAAUCGAACGCCGCUGGCUACUAGUUCUGGCCAGUUCACCACCCAACUUGUAUCGUGUUCGGCAGCCUUCAAGGUCGAAGAUCGUAUUGCGAAACUGUUCCGCUACUCUCCCAUUGCAAACACUUACCUGGCUCUUCACCACACGCCACUCCACGAGCUUCUAGCCGUCACCGGCUCUCCAGGAAACUUUCAUCACAAAAACCUUCCUUACCAGCAGGGCCGCGUUCGACAAUGGACUGCUUCCCUGGAGGUUCUCGACUCAAACCUCCCCAAGACAGCAGAGCACUUUGACAAGUCGGCAUCGCGAGCAGUUGUCUACGCCACCAGGGCGCUCGCCGAGUUCCUGUCCACCCCAUAUACCGGCAGGGCCACCAUCGGUGCCUUCACUGACUACUGGGGCAUAUUUGUCUGCACCUUGAUCUGUUGGGCAUGUGGUAACCGAGUUGCGGCGGCGGCUAAUGGAAGCGUCAGCGACAACACCAUCGCGUCUUCUGAGCAAGAGGCCCGCGAAUGGUUGCAUCUGACGGCAUCGCUGCAGCCGACAGAUGAUGCGGCGAUCAACACCCUCGCCCAGGAUGGUCGAUGGGCUGGAGUCAUCGGCCUGGCGCGCCGUCAGAUCGAGCAAGAUUGCAGCGCCAACAGCUCAGGAAACAUCAUUGCCGAUGUCCUAGCUGUCUUGACUAGACUUGACGCGGAUCGGCGCAAGAUGUUCUGAGAAACAUGAGCUUCUUGGUGUGCAAGCUCUGCCUUAUCCCUUCGCGAGAACAAACUAACCACCGCGACAACCAAACCCAACCCCCUUUGACAUCAUGUUUCACAUAUACCUUUUCCUCAUAGAGCACAUUGUACCAUCCGACCCUUCUAUUCGCUCUACCCUUUCCCCCUGGUUAAUGGUAUUUUGAGCCAAACAAGCUUGGAGGUUUCAAAUUCCUUAAUGAUGAAAAUGAAUCAAGGACCCCUGUUUUGAUUUCUAAAUUGUUUUAAAAAGAAUUGGUUUGUUUCUCUCUCUUGUUUUCUUUUUUUGCGACUAUUCUUUUUCGUUUCUCUCAUUGCAUUAUCAUGGAGCGUCAUCAUUCUCAUCACUUGGGUGGCAGCGUUUAUUUGUCAUGAAACCGGAGAGGGGCGAGAGAGGCCAUCUUGCGUGUACAACUACAGGAAAUACGUUUUGUUGUCUUUUGUUUUUUUGUGUUUUACUCUUUUUUUCCCUAAUAUGCCUGGGAGCUACCAUUCGCUGCGUCUUUCCUUUGUCUAAAGUUCCUCCUUUUGAUAUAUAAAAGUUCUGUCGGUUGUAUAUUUACUUUUGUUUCUGUUUAUCUUUUGGAUUUCUUUUAAGAAACACUUGUGUUACUACUAUUAAUUGUUCUUGAAGUUUUCAUUCUCUAUCAUUUUCUUAUCUCACUUCUUACAAUGUAUUAUUAACAUCAUAGGGUGGAUUCCCCUUUUGCUUUUUUUUUCUCUUUACAGCAUAUCUCUCAACAUCAUACCCCCAGCUUCUUUCUCCUCUUCUCCUUAAACUCGAGAUACCCCAUUUUUGCAUGCCAUCUGCAUCAGUCAGUUUUCUUCAUCCGAUAUUUCUUUUUCUCUCUUGCAUGUUCUUGUUACCCGAAAAUAAUCUGUAGUAUAGGCCUCGUAUUCCUUUAGCACUGUCCUUCGCUUAUA